AUGAUGAUCAGCUCAAUGCGUCUUGCGAGUCAUAUUAUGACCUCGCGAGUGUUUGAACGCUAUUUCAUUGAGACAGAGAGCCAGGAUACACUGUCUGCCUUCUGCAAACAAUCACAUUUUGUCGCGCCCUUCUAUAUCAUCCUCCAUCCUUCACCAAGGAUGUAUACCUGCCUAGUCAGGGUUAACAAUCGAGAAUACGCCUCUAGUACGGGUGUUAAAUUUGAGACUGAGAAUGAAGCACGCGAGUGCGCAGCAGGCGUAGCACUGGACCGCUUGAUGGGUGAUACGAUCGGUUAUUGCGAGGCAGUAUAG